UCCCUCAGAUAAAAGUUAUCUGACGAUUGAAAAAUCGGACUUAAGAAAAGUAAAUCUAUUACCUAAUCAUGUUGUAGAGUACUUAAUAAUACAUCAAGUGACAUUGAUAGGUUCGAAGAGGAAUAUCACAAAAUAACUGAAGGAAAAGGCAGAAACGUCGGCUAUUUACGUCUUCCUAACCUCAUUGUCUUUAAAACUGUAUGUUCGAUACAUUCGUCUGAACGUCGAAUGGUACCUAUGUACAAUUAAUUUCAAUUCAAGCAAUCAUAUGCUUCAAUGCUGUUUUAAAUUGAGUAGGUAAUAGUAAACUAUUUAUUUGGUGUUACAGCGUUCCACUCGAAAUGGGAAUGACAUAGUGUUGUAGUUUUUUUACGAUUUCUUCAGACUAUUUAAUAAGAUUAAAUUAAUAAUUAGUCUACUAUCGAUUAGAACUCGAUUUAUUCGAAAAAUUUAAUAAAUCCGACUCAAUGAGAACAAAAAACUGGCAGUUAAUUGAAAAUGUCGAAAUUGAUACAUUUCGUUUUUAUUUUUGCAUUUCUAAAUGAUAAGUUUUGAUUUGUUUACAUUGAAGUUGUUAAUAAUUUAUCAUCCGUAUUUUAAUGUUAAUUUCGUUAUUACAGUUGGUUUCAGUCAACGCAGAAUAGUCAAAGGUGUACGCACACAUGGACAAAAAAGGUAUAUGGUGUACCUUAUAAAAUCGCGGGAAUCGACAGACGUUUACGAUUCGUGGCUAUGCGGCGGCGCUUUGGUCACUACAACUCAGAUACUUACUUCUGCAGCCUGCAUCAUUGAAAUAGAUAACAUUUAUGCCAUAGCUGGUUAUAGAAAAUACGUCAAUGGCCGGGAUAUCGAUAGAGAUAAUUGCACCAGGCUUAAGAAGCAAAGAGUUGUGAAGAUUCGUGUGCCGCGCGAGCAUAUCGCGAACUACAAGGGCUACACGAACUCCACUCAGUGGAUGACCUUGGACAUAGGAGUAGCCACUGUUGAGAAGCCUUACGACUUUGAUGAUGUAUCAUUCAAGAUUUAUUGUUCAUAUAUCCCGACAACCAUACCAAUAAAUUAUAACACACAUGUAGACGAAAAGGUUGGAACUAACGUGGUCGCCUUAGGCUGGGGUCGCGACAGAGGCAGUAUAACCAGGGAUUUAGUUGACCGAAAUUCUGACACUUUGAGAGAAGCUUCAAUCAAAAUAAAAGAGAAGGAAUACUGUAUUCAAAAAUUUCGAGGUAAUGCCUUAUCAGGAAUUAUAGAAAAAUACAUGAUCUGUGCUCAUGGUAAGGGAUUAUUGGAUGGCGAGGGUUUAAUCAUUGAAGAUUCGGACAAAAAAAGUCAAAAAAAUUGUGAUGAACUUCGUUCCUUAACUGACAGAUAUGACGAGUGUCUUGAAGACAGUGUUAAUCCUAGUUUUAGAAGCAUAAAAGAGGUUUUAAAUGGAACAGUGGGAGACCUUCAAAAAAAAAAUGCUACCCACUUAAAUACUCCUAAACCCGAGGUUGUGGUUUCGAGGCGACAAGGAAUUUGUCAGAACGAUCAUGGCGGUCCUCUGAUCGCGUGGGUUGGCAGCACAGAGCUACUUAUUGGAGUUGCAGUUAAUAGCCUCUAUGACGUAAAUUUUGACUGCGUUGGACCAUACUUGUUCACAAGUACUUCUGUUGCCGGCCAAAUAGUGCGAUGUUUGUUAGCUAGCGAAGAUCUAACUCGUAGGAACUGUCCUGAAGCGGAGAUUGACGGCUAUAAUAUUUUUGAGGAAUAUGUCCACUCACCGCAAAACGGUUUAAUAGCAAGAACAAAUGUUGCACCAUUUCCUCCAUCAAAUGAAAAUGAUAGUUUUUCUAGUAUAGAGGUCAUUACUUUAUAAUGUUAAGUUUUAUUAUAUAACCUCUUGCAUAAUGUGUAAUAUUUUUUCUAUUCAUAAGCUAAUGGUCAGGGAUUCCUGGUUUAUUUUAAUACGAUUAAGUUAAUUUCCCGUGACUCGUUUCGUGAUUUUAACGAAACGUCCAAGAAUUUUCAAUUCGGAUAGCAAGGACAAAAAAUUGCGGUUUGAUGAUUCCAAAUCGUU